CUGGCAGUUGUCAUUGAUGUCAAUUAACAUUGUCAAAUGUCAAAUAAUAAAAAAACAAAAAAUCAAACAAAUAACAAAAAAAAGGGAAAAAAUUCAUGACUUUGAGUGCAAGAAAGUGUGGUAAUAGGGUGCCUAAAAACAAUCUACUGAUGAAUAAUGAAUAGUAAAAUACUGAAUACUAUAGCUAACGCGAUUGAUAACAAGGAUGAAGUCAAGAAGCGUAUAGAUAGUGGUAAAAACGCACUCCGUGAACUGCAAGUUUGUAUUGAAAAUUGCCAAAAUCGUUUUGGAGGUAAAUCUGAACUGGCUACAGAAGAUGAUAUUAGGAUAGUGAAUUUAUGUGAAAAAUGGGAAAAAAUCCUCAGUCAUGGGCUGAAGACAAAUCUUUCAAACUCAACUUUACAAAAUCUUGUAUCUGCUGGUCUUAGCUUCACAUUUAAUAUAGUAAAUAUUGGAAAUUCAUUAUGGAGUUACAGUUGUCUUCAUUUAACAAAACAUGAAAAAGAGAGAUUCAAGAUACUUACAAAUAUAAACACUCCAUUAGGUUACUUUAGAGCAUUCCUUCGUGCCUCACUUAAUGAAAGAUCUCUGGAAAGGUAUUUGCAAAGCUGGAUAUCACAUGGACUACUUGUAGAAUAUUAUGAUGAAGGUGCAUUUCUAAGGAGCUUAGAAUCAAGUUUACUACCUGGUUUGGCUGCAGCCUUAUCAUCUGUUUUGUUUGCGUUAUCAAUCGACAGAGCAGAACUGAAUGAAUCACAACAGUUGAACCAUGUAAACAAAGCAGAGCUUGUUAUACCACUGCCAAUGCCAGUGAAAACUUCCACUAAUUCUAAAAGGAAACCUCUUAGACAAGUCAUAUCGUUUGACAAGGUUGAGAAGAAAAAUGAAAAACUACGAAAACCUAUUGAACCUAUUGAGAGUUCUGGUGAAUAUUCUUCCAGCAGUGCACCGGCUACUUGUUUGAACUCUCCAGAUGCGAAAGUAGUGGUGAAAACUGUUUCUGUCAGUGAACCAACAAGUUCAGAUUGUAAAACUGGCAUCAGACACUUCUUCCCUGAUAGUGUUAAAGCGAUAGAGAGCCCCUUACAAAUUCUUUCCAAAUUAUCUGAAAGUGCCAAAGAAAUAUUUUCAAGCUCACAGAGCAGUAUAGAUAAGAAUAAUAUUGCUAAAGAUGAUUUGUCAGAUCUGAGUGUAAAUUGUAUAAAGAUAUCAGAAAGUGACAGUGAAGAGGUGGCGGGCAGCAUUGACGGCAGCACUUCCUGCUUGGAACUGUGUUUCACUGAAGACGAACACGACGACAAGAGUCUGAACUCUGUUUUGGAGAACAGAGAGAAAGAUUUCAUGAACCUACAGUUGAUGUACAACCAAUUUGAAGCUACAAGUAAAGAGAAAAUACAAAAGCUGGAGAAAAAUGUUGUCGAAUUGAGCAAGGAGAAUGACAGACUAAAGGAUCAACUAAGAAAUUAUAUGUCAGCAGUGGAAAUGGGUAUUGCACUAAAAAGUAGCAAUGGUCAUGAAGAAGAAAUUAAUCAUUAUGAAAGAAAAUUAGUACAGGUGGCCGAGAUGCACGCAGAGCUUAUGGAAUUUAAUCACCACCUGCAAAAAAGAUUACAAGACUUGGAAAAUUCUGGAAUAGAAGUUCUAGAGAUGCCCCAAUCCAAUGUCAAAGCGUACAUACCUAGCGCUUUUCUAGUCGGCAAAUCACAGUCCUAUCAUGUAUAUCAGAUAUUUCUUAAAAUUGGGCAAGAAGAAUGGAACGUGUAUCAUAGGUAUGCGAAGUUCUAUGAAUUACACACACAAUUAAAAAAAUGUCACCCCGACAUAGCAAAUUACAAGUUCCCACCAAAGAAGACGCUCAGGAAGCGGGACGCGCGUCUGGUGGAGCAGCGGCGCGCCGCGCUGCAGGCGUACCUGCGCCACGUGCUGCUCGUGCUGCCCGAGCUGCGCAACUGCUGCUCCAGGGCGCAGCUCGUCACGCUGCUGCCGUUCUUUGGAAUGUCAUCAUCUAGCACCAAAGAGAACGGUUCUAAUCGAGCUCUAACACGUCAACAAUCCAGCGAAUCGGUGUCAACGUUCAAUGCACUGUGAUCAUUGUUUAUUUUAAUAUAAUUUAUACAUAAAAGCACCUUAAAUUUUAGGUAACAACGCAAACAGACCAUAAAAUUAUUGAUAUUUUAUUACAUACGCGAUAAAAUGUUACUGUUAAGUAUUUUUAGUUAAGUUGGAUGUAAUAUAUUUUCAAAAUAAAUGAUUAUGAUAGUUUUUUCCAUUUUUUGAUGACGGUUUUGGUUUGGUUGUUGUAUUGAGCCUCAGACCAAUUACCAUAGGACCUGCCUCGCUAGACGUUACUCCUCUGUCAUAAGUAUAUGAUCACGAUCUAAUGUUUUUAUACAAACUACUUCUAUAGAAUCAAUGUUUCAUUGUGUUAAAAUUACACGUGUGUGUAUUACGAUUUAAAUUUAUAGUUGUGUGCAGUGUAAGGACACAGGAUAUAUUUAUUGUUGUUAAUCUGUGAUAACCGGUGGUGAAUUUACCUCGUCCCCCUCAAAAAACGACAGACAAUUUUGUUAGUGAAUUUGAUUGUGAUACAAGUCCAAUGGUAAUUGGUCUGAGUAGUAAGCUAUAGGUAUUUAAAGGCGUAGAACAACCAACAAUUGCAUUUGGUGUGUGAAAAUGGAAGAACGUCAGUAUUGCAGAAAUCUAUACAAAUAUUACAAAGAGGUAUAAUAGGGGGGUAAUAUCUGGAUCUACUUAACCAAUAUUAUAAAUUAUUAUACCACUAGAAAGCUAUUUGUGAGUAUCAUAUUCUUUAUCCCGUAUUCUCACGAGAACGGAAACUACGUGGAUGAAACAGGCGUCGGCUAGUAUAAUAUGUUAUUAAAUUAUCCAGCGAGUGGUUGUUAAGCAAAGGUUUUUUUGAUAUUGAUAUCUAGCGUUUCUGUGUAAUGUAACGUUGCAUUGAUAUGCUGAGUUUGAUUUAGUUUAAACAAACAUGCUCAUCGUGACACCUUAGACUUUACUUUAGUUUACCCACAAACAUGCUUAUCAUAUCACCUUACGAUUUCUUUAGUUUACCCACAAACAUGCUUAUCCUAUCACCUUAUACGUUACUUUACUUUACACACACGCAUGCUCAUCCUGUUACCUUACACAUUACUUUAUUUUACGUACAAGCAUGCUCAUCCUGUCACCUUACACUUUAGUUUACACACAAACAUGCUCAUCCUGUCACCUUAGACUUUAGUUUACACACAAGCAUGCUCAUCGUGUCACCUUAUACUUUACUUUACCCACAAACAUUGUUAUCAUAUCACCUUACAAUUUCUUUAGUUUACUCACAAACAUGCUUAUACUGUCACCUUACACUUUAGUUUACUCACAAACAUGCUCAUCCUGUCACCUUACACUUUACUUUAGUUUACACUCCUUAUAUGGGCCAGACGAGUGAUCAGUCCUAACUAGGGAUCCCACUCACACCAUUCUACCCAAAUCCCGUAGUAUCCUGUCACCUUACACUUAACUUUAGAUUACACACAAAUACGUGCUUGAUAUCAAAUAAUUGUACAUGUAUAUGUAUUUAUGAAAAAAGUAGUGUGAUUAUUGUGUGCAAAAUAGGGCAUAUUGUUUGGUGUGAAAUGCGCAUAUUGUAACAUAAGGAGGUAUAUGUAGAUUUUGUCAACUAUAGCGUUUUCCUAUGUGAGCAUACAAUACAUAAGUAGUACAUUCGUUUAGUUAUCGCAUUUGUGUCAUAUGAUAUAGAUAUUUCCCCAUCAGAGCGAAAAAUAUACUUGGACGAUUGAGUCUUGACCUUUGAAGCCCGCUACCUGUGAGGCUAUUCUGUAACGAUGUUUUUAUCACUUCUACAGUGUAAGCUUCGAUCUCGUAUCUAUCGCUCUCUGUCUAUAGUACUGUGUUAGAUAGAGAGAGAUUAAGGUGAUUUCGUAACUCGCAGUUGCGAGUUAUACGAAAUAUCGUUACUGAAUAGCCCUCCUGGUCCAAACUCCAGAUUCGCCUAUUGUUCCUAUUUACCUUCGGUAUUAGGAGCAUGGGUGCACAUACAUUCUCAUAGCAAAGUUUUUUAAACCAAAAGAGUUGUGUGUCAUCCGUUUUGUCAUACGCCUUCCACCUCUUAGGCCGCGCUCGGACUAGUUUAGUAUUUUAGUCCAGUACGAACGACUUCUGGGCGGUAAAUUGAAAAAUUGUUCGUACUAGACUAAAAUACUAAAGUAGUCCGAACUAGGCAUUAUGUCCCCCGCAUACACACUGUUGCCAACAAAGUUAAUAUUUAAUGUUUUUAAAUAUUAUGAAAUAAAGACCACCGCCGUAUUUGUGUCCGCGAUAAACUCAAAACUACUAAAUCUUUUUUCAUUUUUCAAAAAUGUUCAUACCAUUUCACUGUUAAAGAUUUUGUGAUCGAUGAACGAUCAAUCUUCAAUCAUUAACAACUCGUAUUAGGCUCACUGUUGAGCACGAGUCUCCUCUCAGGGGAAGCGGUUGAUAAAGAACGAUAAUUGUUUCUUUGAAGUUGGAAGGGUCAGAAGUAUCUAAGAGGGAGAAGCCGCGGGCGUCUCUUAGUUAAUAAUAUUGCGUGUAUGCGCCCCUAUUGUGCAUAGGACCGUACUGAUGUAAUGUAUAUUAUUAUUGGCAAUAUUAUUGUGUGUAUUGUCCGGAUUUCCGGGAUAUAAUUAUUAAAUAAUAGGUAUAAUAUACAGGGUGCUGGAGAAUAUUUCCCAUAAUUAAAAUCUUUUUAUGUUUCCAUACAAAGUAAUUCAAAUAAUUCCGACUAUCCAUGUAACACACGCCUAUCUAUUUUUUUUCUAACCCUGCAUUUUUAAAUUUUAAAGUUUGGCUACGUCAUAAUUAUAAGGAUGCGUAUAAGGGACACAUUUUAAGAUCUAUUUACAAAAUAAAUAUUAAUCUUAGACCACAUGUUCUUUAAACAUUUUUAAUUAAUUUUCGAUAACGAAUAUAACCCCAGAGUUAUGGGAAAUACUUCCCAGCACCCUGUAUAGUUGUCAUUAAGUUUUAUGACUACACGUCUUUAUUAAAUGCCUACGUAAGAAAAAUGUUGUGGAAUGAAAAAUAUUAUGUGUAGGUAUAAUGUACUUGAAAACGUUGGAAUUGAAAUUAAUCAAUAGCAAUAUAAAAUUGUAGACAAGACUAACGGAGUGCAUGUUACUGCCCAAGUCUUAAGUAGAUCCCGAAUAGAAACAUGGGACUUCUUCACUAUCGAGCUAAUAAUGUAGUUUUAGAUUUUAAUACAUAAAGGUGAGUGCGUAUUGAUUAACAUGUUCUAAAAUGUUUUCAUUAACAAAAUGCUCGUAGAGAUUAAAAUUAUUGGUUUUAAUAUUUUCUAUACAGGGUGUUGCGGAAAAAUUCCCAUUACUUCAAGGUGUUGACAAGUCCACUUAUAGAAGCCGAACUGCAUAGCUAAUUUUUUUUUAACUAAAAAAAAAACUUUUUAUAUUUUUCAUACAAAUUAAUUUAAAUAAUUCUGACUUUCCAUGUAACACACGCCUUUAUCUAUCCUGGCAUUUUAAAAUACGUAAUCGUAGUGGUAAGACUGUCGAUAUCGACGAGAUAUUGCAACUGACAUUCCGCACUUCACUAGUAAGCUACUUCAUGAUAUUUAUCAAUGAAUAAUUUCGGCUAGGUCAUAAUAUAAGGAUGCGAUAUAUGGGACACAAUUUAAGAUCUAUUUACAAAGUAAUAUUAUUUACUCAUUUAAUAUAGAUAAUUAAUUAAAAAUGUCAAAAUAUUCAUUUGACAUUUUUAAUUAAUUAUCUUUAAAGAACAUAACCCUAGAGUUAAGGGAAAUACUCCCGAGCACCCUGUAUACAUAUAAAUGAUUUUUUUGUAUUAUUAUCUAAUAGAAAUAAUAGCCCAGUGGCAGGAGGCAGUGGCGUGCGCGAGAAUUUUAACUAGAGUAAGCAUUAAACAUAAAAAUUAUACAAACUGUCUUCUUUAAUACGGAUUUAUAAUAAUUAAUAACCAGGGUAGGCAAAAAAAAAUGCAUUUUUGCAUCUAUGAAGUGCACGCCACUAGCCUAUUCAAAUAGAUCGAUAAAGAUGAUCGCUGAUAUUGUUAAAUAUCAAUAUUUUAUAACAUGUUAGGUGAUACCAAAGAUUUUAUACUAUUAGAUAUGUCGUGUCUUAAUUUCAUUUAGUCGCAUAGUAAACAACGAAAGGUAUUUUAAAAAUAAUACCUAAAUAUUAUCUACAAUGUCGAGUUACGUGUUCAGAAAGUGUUUAAACUUAUAUACAUUAAUAGAUAAGGUAAGUAAACACAAAAUUGUGCAUGUGUGCGUGCGCUCAGAAAAGUAGCUAAAUUCGGAUCACUUUUUGCGGUUAAAUUAUUUUAUGGUAUUUUCGUAAACAUGUAACAUGUCUAUAGUAUAAAAUAUCGUUGGGUUAUACAAUAUAAACUCACCGUAAUACAUUGAUACCUGUGAUAUCAUUAGAGUAAGUAAAAUGUGUGUUUAACUAUUUAUAUUCAUGUUGUAGUUUCUAAAGCACGAAUUGUAUUAACAUGUGAAAUAAUAUAAUCGAAAAACUAAAUUGCGUAUGUAUGUUUAGCCUGACUAGAGGAAAAUGCCGCUAUACUGUGGAAGGAACUAAUUUGUUACAAUAGUAACUUUUUGCUAAAAACUAGGUACAUGUGGCACCCGCAAGCCAGGUUUUUAUUUUUCUGGUCAGUCUUUACAUUAUUUUUAUAAGUACAUAAAACAGUAAAACACGUAUGUUAAUUGGUUACCAUUUAGUUAAUAAUGUAAUGUAUCCAAGUAUUCUUAGAUGCAAAAUUUUUCUUUUCGUCCUAAAUUCCUCAGUGCUUGAAGACUAAAGUCUUUGAUCGUGAUAUCUCAUUGUACCCGAAUGAAACGUGUAAUUUCUACUAGUCAACGUAACUCAGUGAAAUUGUGUGUCAUGAAUUGAACUGAUGACGUUGGGAUAGGUAAUAAGUACUUUGAUUAAGAAUAUUUUGUUCAGAGAACCGUUUUAUUAUGUAAAUGAAGAAAAAAUAUAAUGGCUAUAUGGGCUAGCAAUCGAGAAAGGCAACUAUGUAAAAUUAUUGGAUGAUUAGAAAACUAUGUAGGUAUAUAAGUUUGGUAACAUUUUAAGUAAAUGAUGUAGUGACCAAGGGUUGAAUUUAUAUGACAGAUAUAUGGAGUUUGCGCUUAUUAUAGUAUACUGUAUAGGAAGCAAUACUUAUGUAGUGUUGAUAUUUAAGUAGUGUUUUAAAGGUAGAGAAAAACAAGUACCUUUGAAAAUCUAUUUUCCAUUAAUUUCUUAUAUUAUAAUGUUUUAGAGGUAAGAAAACAAUUACUAUUUUUUAAAAAUCAAAUUAUGAUAUUCCAUACUAAGUAAAACUUCAAGUACAUGAGCUGUAUCAUAUCACUUUAAUUAACUUUAACCAUAACAGUUAUAAGAUGUUACAUAUAUUGUAAAAAAUUGAUUGUGUAUACACAGAGGUUUAUUUAUUUAUUCUCAUGAUUUAAAAGUAUGUCAAGUACUUCCAAGUUGUUUUUGUGAAAUUAGGUAUUUUACUUCAAAUUAAAAAUUCGCAA